AUGGCUCUGUCAAUCGCUCGGGUCUCUUUUGAGCACUACAGCUCACCCUUGGGCAUCGCAGAGACAGCACCGAGAAUCUCAUGGAGAUUCGAUGGCGACGCUCCUGACUGGGAACAAAGUUCUUACGACAUCCAAGUCACUCGUAGCGUCAAUGGCAAGCCAAAAUCUUUCUCCUCCAAGUCCUCCGACUCUGUCUACCAGCCGUGGCCUGAUUCUCCACUCGAAGAAGCCCAACCUGUCUCCGUCAGGGUCCGUGCUCACGGCGGUUCAAAGCAGCCUUCGACGCCCUGGUCUGAUUGGGUCUCUGUCGAGACAGCACUCUUCAAGAAGAGCUGGGACAACGUGAAGCCCAUCGCUUCGACGAUCAAGGUCAAUGUCACCGCGCCCAAACGACCUGUCUACUUCCGCAAAGAGUUCAAGCUUCCCGAUGAUAUUGCCUCGGCUAGACUUUACAUCACUGCUCUUGGUAUUUACGAAGCGGAGAUCAAUGGGAAGCGGGUCGGUGACAGUGUGUUGGCCCCGGGUUGGCAGUCCUUCCACCACCGUCAUGUCUACGAUACAUAUGAUGUGACCAAGCUUCUCACCCCAGGCUCUAAUGUGAUAGGCGCUCUUGUCGGUGAAGGUUGGUAUGCUGGACGACUGGGAUUCGACGGCGGUCAAAGAAAUAUCUACGGCAACUCUACUGGUCUUCUGGCCCAGCUCCACGUGAAAUCCAAGACUGGAAAGACAGUCAAAAUCGUCACCGACACCACUUGGAAGUCAAGCUUUGGCCCUGCUACUGCCGGUGAGAUCUACGAUGGAGACAAAUACAACGCAACUCUCGAAGCCGAUAUCAAGGGAUGGUCCAAGCCUGGGUUCAAGAGUUCUUCUUGGAGCGACACUCGUCUUCUGCCUUCUCUAGAUGGCGAGCUUGUUCCUGCCGAGCAGCCGCCUGUCAGACGCGUUGAAGAAGUGAAGCCACAGCGCUUCUUUAAGUCCGCUUCUGGAAAACAGCUUGUUGACUUUGGACAGAACCUCGUUGGUUGGCUGCGGCUCAAGGUUGAUGGUCCCAAGAACACGACUAUCCGACUACGUCACGCCGAGGUUCUGGAGAAUGGCGAGUUGGCUCUUCGACCUCUCCGACAAGCCAAGGCUGAGGACUAUCUUACGCUCAGCGGUAAAGGUCCUAUCCAGUGGGAGCCCAAGUUCACAUUUCAUGGCUUUCGCUACGCUGAGCUUUACGGCUGGCCUAAGGAAACACCCCUGGAUGCGAACAGCGUCAGGGCUAUUGUUGUUCAUACAGAUCUGGAAGAGACUGGUUACUUCAACUGCUCCAACCAUCUUCUCAACAAAUUCCACUCCAACGUUCGGUGGUCCAUGAAGGGUAACUUUCUGAGUAUCCCAACCGACUGCCCUCAGCGAAACGAGCGACUUGGCUGGACGGGUGAUGCACACGUUUUCGGCCCUACGUCCAACUACCUCUACGACACAUCAGCCUUCUGGAAGGGCUGGCACAAGGACAUCUGGUCCGAAAUGUCCCAGAACGAGAUGGUUCCGCCAGUGUAUGUUCCCUCAAUCCCUUUGUUUCUAGACAAACCUCCCAUGCCGGCAUCAGUAUGGGGAGACGUGGUGGUUGGUAACCCAUGGCACAUCUAUCAAUCCUUCGGUGAUCAGGCAUUGCUUCAGGAACAUCUCCCUCAGGCCCAGAACUGGAUCGAUACUGGCAUCUCCCGAAACGAUGUUGGCCUUUGGAACCGCAGUAAACUUCAGUUUGGUGACUGGCUCGACCCUCUUGCACCCCCGGACCAACCUGGCGCUGCGACGACAGACGCUAGCCUAGUCUCAGAUGCCUACUUGGUCAAGAUGACCCAGACUCUAUCCCAGAUUAUCGGGGCUCUUGGAAACUCCAAGCUCGCCAAGAAGUACGAAACUCAACACUCUGAUCUCAAGCGCCAGUUCCAGAGUGCCUGGGCCCCCGGCGGCAAGUUAGCCAACCGAACUCAGACCGCGUACGCUCUGUCUCUGGCAUUCGACCUUCUUAAAGAUGAAAAGCAGAAGAACACAGCGGCCGACACCCUGCGAGACAUCAUCAAGAACAACGACUACCUUGUUGGUACAGGCUUUGCCGGAACAUCUCAACUUGGUUUUGCACUCUCAGGCAUCAACUCAACAGACGUCUUCUACCGGAUGCUCCUCCAGGAGAAGGUUCCGUCUUGGCUAUACCAAGUGGUCAUGGGCGGCACAACUACUUGGGAGCGAUGGGAUAGCAUGCUUCCCAAUGGCACUAUCAACCCCGGCGAGAUGACCAGCUUCAACCAUUAUUCUUUUGGGUCCGUUGCCAAUUGGAUGCACCAGUUCAUUGGAGGUAUCGCGCCUUUGGAGCCUGGGUACAAGACUAUUGCUAUUGCGCCUAUUCCUGGCGGUAACCUUUCUUAUGCAAGUGCAACAUGUUCCAAAUCGCAACCUCCACUGCGGAUGAAAGGCUCCCUUCUUUUUCGCAAUGACCCCGCUGCCCCAAGGAUCCUUGUCAAUGGCUACCAUUGGAGUCGUACACCGUGCCUUCAACGCCGCUUCGGCCUCAUCACUGUCAUACUUCACGCAACUGACACCGAUAUCACAUUGCAUCCCAUCUCAAAGAAUGACAUGCUCUCCCCUGCACGGCGUCCGAACAUUGAAGUCUUUGACAUUGGUGAUUUCACAAACAGCAUCAUCUUCUACAUGUUGUUUGUUGCUCAGCAGCCUAGGUCCACGCUAGGCCUUAUCUCUGGUGGCAGCAUGUCUGAUACCGCCGGAUGGAGAUGGUCACAGAACAUCGGCUUUCCCAACAUCCUCAUAGCCGCGUUCAUUUAUGCCGUCGGGGCCACUGCCGGUAUUGUUUCCUUCAACACCAUCUCCGAGAUCCUGACGGAACCACCUUACAAAUUUAGUACCACCAAUACUGGUCUUGUAUUCUUCGCCGUUUUGGUCGGAGACACCCCCGGUUGGGGUAUCGGUGUACUAAGCGAUCAAGUUGUUAUUGCUUUGGCGCGACGCAAUGAUGGGAUCAAAGAACCUGAAAUGCGACUCUAUAUGCUUGUUACUUGCUUUGUCUUCGCGGCGGCGGGGUACAUGCUCUAUGGCUGGGGUACUCAGACGGAAGCUCAUUGGAUUACCAUCGCGAUCGGUAUCGGCGCCAUGAUCUCACAUCAAGCUGAAGCUUGCAAGAUUGCCACUGCAUAUGCCAUGGACUGUUUCCCAGGACCGUUUAUUGAAGCUGCCGGCUACGGCUGGACCAUGACGUGCUUUGGUAUUAUGGUCUUGCUGUCUGUACUGGCAGCUAUCUUCCUUGUCCUGUUAGGAAAGAGGUGGAGAAUCGCAAAGGGAGCUAGAUAUUACAAGUUUUUGGAUGAGGUUGGAGUGUACACCGACUAG